UGAGUUCAGGACUAUCCCUUUUUAGUAGAGAUAAAGCCUUCACAGGUCUCAUGCCACAUUUUGUCAUAAUGUGUUUAAAUUCCUUUCCAUCCUCAUUUGUGUUUACUUUAAGGCAUUAAGGAUGGGUAACCUCAUUUUCUGUUGUUGCUGUGAACGCUGCAUUGAAUUAUGUUAUGAGAGGCAAGACUUUCAUUCAGAUGAAGAACAAGUUUCUCUUUUGCAUCAGUCGGAUAACGAUUCUAUGGCUGGAGCUAAAGGAUUAUCAAAAUGUGACUAUGGCAUGGUUAGUGGUGACCACAAACCAUCUGAAGCGUUUAUGUUUACAAAUAAAGUUCCAGUCUUCCAUCAGGGGACACCAGAAGAGCUGAAUGCGAAGAAUUAUUCUAACUCAGAUGAAGUGGAUGAGGGGAUAUGUGGCUGUGAAAAUUUGCAUUCAAAUUCAUUUAAUUCUGCAAAAUAUGCAGAGGCCUCGGGCUUUAUAAGUGCCUUUGAUAGUGACCUUCCAGCAAGGAUGCCAGGCACUCCUCCCCCACUUCUGUGUGUUAAACCCGAAGCCCGUGACUUGUGCGAAAAUGUUGAACUGCAAGAGAGACCCCUCCAUCCAGCUGAUACAACAGCUGUUUGCCCAACGCCAAAAAGAGUUACAUUACAAAGACAAAGAAGCAUAAAAUCUGAAGACUUUUGCACAGUUCUUGAAUCUUCAAAUUUAAUGUAUCCCACCGAGUUGGAUGUUGUAGGGACUGACAACAAAAAUGCAGACUCGCAUGUAGGGAUGGGUUCAAAUGAUUCGAGAUAUUCAGAAAGUCAUGAAAAAUGUGACUGUACAGAAAGGGACAAAAUCUCAGAUCACGCAGCCGGGAUGAACUUGAUGAACGGCGAGGGUGUUCAUGAACAGCAUGCUGAUGGCGAGAUUAAGCAGAAUGGACAUGACAUGGGAGACCAAACAGAGGAUGCCAAUGAGCAGGAGGUCAUUGUUAUUCAAGACACUGGUUUCACAGUGAAGAUACAGGCCCCUGGGAUUGAUGCAUUUACUAUUCAGGUCUCACCCCAGGAGAUGGUGCAGGAAAUUCACCAGGUUCUCAUGGACAGAGAGGACACCUGUCACAGGACCUGCUUUUCACUACAGUUGGACGGGAAUGUGUUGGAUAACUUUGCUGAGCUGAAGACCAUUGAAGGAUUUCAGGAAGGCUCUGUGUUAAAAGUUGUUGAAGAACCAUACACUGUGCGGGAGGCCAGAAUACAUGUUCGUCAUAUACGAGACCUCCUGAAAAGUCUGGACCCAUCCGAUGCUUUUAAUGGUGUGGACUGCAACUCUCUAUCUUUCUUGAGUAUCUUCACUGAGGGUGACCUUGGAGAGAAUGGAAAAAAGAAGAAGAAAGGAACUGAACUAGAACAAAUUGAUUGCACACCUCCUGAGUACAUUUUGCCUAGUAGCAAAGAGCGACCUCUCUGUCCCCUUCAGCCACAGAACAAAGAAUGGAAGCCUUUGCAAUGUUUAAAAGUUCUCACCAUGAGUGGUUGGAACCCUCCUCCUGGCAAUAGAAAAAUGCAUGGAGACUUAAUGUAUCUCUACGUGAUAACCAUGGAGGAUCGGCACGUGAGCAUCACAGCUUCAACCCGAGGAUUCUACCUCAAUCAAUCUACAGCAUACAACUUUAAUCCCAAACCGGCAAACCCCAGCUUCCUCAGCCACUCCUUAGUGGAACUGCUGAAUCAGGUCAGCCCUACAUUCAAAAGGAAUUUUGCUGCUCUUCAGAAAAAAAGGGUUCAGAGACACCCAUUUGAGCGGAUUGCAACCCCGUUCCAGGUGUACAGCUGGACAGCUCCUCAAGUUGAGCAUGCCAUGGACUGUGUAAGAGCAGAAGAUGCCUAUACCUCCCGUCUGGGCUAUGAAGAGCACAUUCCAGGACAGACCAGAGACUGGAAUGAAGAAUUGCAGACCACAAGGGAACUGCCUCGCAAAAACUUGCCUGAAAGACUUCUGCGUGAGAGAGCCAUAUUUAAGGUCCACAGUGACUUUACAGCAGCUGCUACCAGAGGUGCUAUGGCUGUUAUUGAUGGCAAUGUCAUGGCUAUCAACCCCAGUGAGGAAACAAAAAUGCAAAUGUUUAUCUGGAACAACAUUUUCUUUAGUUUAGGUUUUGAUGUCCGGGAUCACUAUAAGGAUUUUGGUGGGGACAGUGCUGCCUAUGUUUCCCCUACAAAUGAUCUAAAUGGGGUAAGGACAUACAAUGCUGUUGAUGUAGAAGGGCUUUACACCUUGGGUACAGUGGUGGUAGAUUACCGUGGUUACAGAGUUACUGCACAGUCCAUCAUUCCUGGAAUUUUGGAGCGAGAACAAGAACAGAGCGUAAUUUAUGGAUCCAUAGAUUUUGGCAAGACAGUGGUUUCCCACCCAAAAUAUUUGGAGCUUUUGGAGAAGACAAGUCGUUCCCUUAAGAUCCAGAAACACAAAGUCCUAAAUGAUAAGGAUGAGGAAGUGGAGCUGUGCUCCUCAGUUGAGUGCAAAGGCAUAAUUGGCAACGAUGGACGUCACUACAUUCUAGAUCUGCUACGCACCUUCCCUCCUGAUCUCAAUUUUCUCCCUGUGGAAAAUGAGGAGUUGCCGGAGGAGUGUAAGAAAAUGGGAUUUCCUAAAGAGCACAGACAUAGACUGUGCUGCCUUCGCCAAGAACUUGUGGAUGCUUUUGUAGAGCACAGAUACCUCUUAUUCAUGAAGUUAGCUGCCAUGCAGCUGAUGCAGCAGAAAAACUCCAUACGGGAGAAUUUAAAUGCUUUGGGAAAUGGGGAUUCAGCUUCCUCAUCUGAUGCCAAUACCAAAACUGAGGAUACGGAGCACAUAGAUGGCGAAGCACGGAUUAAAGAGCUGGAAGAGAGCAUGGAAUCUCAUAAUGAAGCAGUGGAUGCCAAAAGCAGAGAGGUGAUUCAGAACGCGUGCAAGGCUGUCGGAUCUAUCAGCGAUACUUCCUUUGACAUUCGGUUCAAUCCGGACAUCUUCUCACCUGGUGUGCGCUUUCCUGAAGGGAUGCAGAAUGAGAUUCACAAUCAAAAGCAAUUGUUAAAGGAUGCGGCUGCCUUUGUGUUGACCUGCCAAAUCCCUUGUUUGAUUAAGGACUGUCUUGACCAUAAUGUUGUACCAAUGGAUGGAGCCACUUUGGCAGAAGCAAUGCACCAGCGAGGGAUCAACAUGAGAUACUUGGGGAAAGUUCUUGAGGUUGUUACUAAGUUUCCAGUCCCAUCCCAGCUAGAUCAUGUCCAGAAAAUUUUAAUUAGUGAGCUGAUUACUAGAUCUGCUAAACAUAUUUUCAAGACCUACCUCCAGGGCGUAGAACUUUCUGGUUUAUCUGCCGCAAUCAGCCAUUUCUUAAACUGCUUCCUCAGCUCUUUCCCUAACUCCGUAGCUCACCUCCCUGCUGAUGAACUGGUCUCCAAGAAAAAGAACAAAAAGCGCAAGAACCGGAACCUCAGCAGCACCGACAACACAGCCUGGGCCAGUAUCACCCCUCAGGAGCUCUGGAAGAGCAUUUGUACAGAAGCAAAAGCUUACUAUGAUUACACUCUGGAGUGUGACAAUGUGGACCACGCUGUGGAGAUGUACAAUCUACAGAAAAUUAGUCUUCUCAGAGAAAUAUGUGUCAAGGCUGGAAUCCAGCUUUUGCUUAAAGAGUACAAUCUUGACAGCCGACACAAGCCCACUUUUACAGAAGAGGACAUUCUGAAUAUUUUCCCUGUGGUGAAACAUGUCAAUCCCAAAGCGUCUGAUGCUUUUCAUUUCUUCCAAAGUGGGCAGGCUAAAGUACAGCAAGGGUUCCUGAAGGAGGGGUGCGAAUUAAUUAAUGAAGCGCUAAAUUUGUUUAACAAUGUCUAUGGUGCUAUGCAUGUGGAGAUCUGUGCGUGUCUACGGCUCCUUGCUCGGCUCAACUACAUUAUGGGUGACUAUUCUGAGGCCUUAAGUAAUCAACAGAAAGCAGUCCUAAUGAGUGAGAGGAUUCUAGGUAUCGAACAUCCCACAACUAUCCAAGAAUAUAUGCAUUUAGCACUGUACUGCUUUGCAAACAACCAGCUCUCGACUGCAUUAAACCUGCUGUACCGGGCGCGCUAUCUUAUGCUGCUAGUGUUUGGAGAGGGCCACCCAGAGAUGGCUCUUUUAGAUAGCAACAUUGGCUUAGUUCUUCAUGGGGUUAUGGAGUAUGACCUGGCCCUCCGGUUCCUGGAAAGUGCACUGACCACCAACUCCAAGUACCAUGGAGCCAAGUCACUAAAGGUCGCCCUUAGCCAUCACCUUGUAGCUCGGGUGUAUGAAACCAAAGGGGAGUUCCGAUCUGCUUUACAACAUGAAAAGGACGGCUACACUAUAUAUAAGAACCAGCUUGGAGAGCAACAUGAAAAAACGAAAGAAAGUUCGGAAUAUUUAAAGUACUUAACACAGCAGGCUGUUGCUCUACAGCGCACAAUGAACGAGAUUUACAAAAACGGAUCCAAUGCCAACAUUCUGCCACUAAAGUUCACAGCUCCCAGCAUGGCUAGUAUUUUGGAUCAGUUAAAUAUUAUUAAUGGCAUCCUGUUCAUCCCACUAAGCCAAAAGGAUCUGGAAAAUCUAAAAGCAGAAGUUCAACGUCGCCAACAGCUCCAAGAAGCAAUUAAAGGUGGUGAAAGCCAAGAGGAAAACAAAGAAACUGACCAAGAAGUGGGUGAUAAAAGCGCAUCUAAAGAUGACAAUUCCAAGCCUCAGGUCUCCGCUGAGUCACAGAACUCUGCUGAAGCUCACUGUCUUGCAGAGGCACAGAGAUCUCCGGACUCUCAGAGCAAUGCUGGAACACAGGCUUUUACAGCGUUACACAGCUCUGCUAAACCAACAGAUUCCACCGAGUCACAGAGCUCUGCUUAGUUCUUUUUUGCCUUUUUCCACUGUAAAAUGCAAUCACAGAAUAUUCAGACUGUGAGUGGCUUUUCACAAGAGCCAAUGGGGGGAAAAAGGCAUCUCUUGGUGAUGACUGUUGCACAGGUACAAUUGCCAGUAAUAAACAAUGCAAAGAACCAAUCACCAAUGUCUGAAAAUGCCUAUGUCUACUGCACAGAGGCACCACUGUCCCCAUACCGCUUCCAGGGGCUUUAGAGUGUGUUUGUGUGCUUGUAUGUCUGCCCAUGUGAUAGAACAUCUGUUUCUAGCUUUCUGUUUGAAUUUAAAGCAUCAGGUUAUGUUUCUCAGGUCAUUUGUCAUGCUGACUAGAGCACAGGUCCUUAGAGAAAUCAAGAUUCUGUGUUCUGAGCCGGCAAUUCUAAACUAAGCCAUACAUAGAAGGGAAUUUAAAAAUUAAACUGCAAUUUGAAUACUCCAACUGAUCAUUUACCACUUAGCUUUUGUACACAAUGAGCAAUAUAGUUUGUUUCUGUCAUCUUAAUAUGCUUGUUUUAUCUUCUUUUUUUUUUUAAACAAACAAAACUUUUUAUUUUAGGGGUGAUUUUUAUAGUAUGAUUUAUUAUAUUUUUCUUUGUAUAGUGAUUCAUUGGUAUGAACGUGUUUGUGAUCUCUGCAGUCUUUUAAGAUUUUCUAAAAUGAUAGUAUCUAUCUGUUCAUUGCAUCCAAAGACUACAAUUAACAAUACAGCUACCUUUCUUUCCAUUCUCUUUAAAUUAAAAACAUUAGUGCCUGAAUGUAAUGACCGACCCCAGUCACUACAGUAUUUUGCUGACAAGUUCAAGCUGUGUACAAUUAUAAUGUUUUCUCCUUUGGAAUUAUUUAUUAUUCAUGCCUCCAAUAAAUAAAGAGGCUUUGCAUUAUUGAAGUGCAAUUUCAGUUUUUGUGGAGAAAACUGAUACAUAACCGUGUGCUAAGGAACAACCCUGAUGCCCUGUAAAGCAAAUACUUUUCCCUCCAAUUAUAAGCUGUUCAGUAUUGAGUGCUCACUGAGAAACCACUGGAUAAUAGGUAAACUACCUGCAGUUUAAACUGGAGUGGUAUGGACCAUAUUUUUAUAAAAUGAUAUACUAUUGUAAUUCAACAGUUAACCAAAUAAUGUAAAAUGCAAAGCAACAAUCUGUGACAAGUAUUCUGAAUUUAGCAGGACAGAAAUCAAUAGUAUCUCUGUUAUAUAUACUGUGUGUAUAUAUAUAUAUAUAUAUAUAUAUAUAUAUUCCUGAAAAUCAUGGCGGGUGCUUUUUGUCUGUUUUCUAAGCAGCAUUUGAUUGUAAAAAUGUUUUGUCACUCUAGGCAUCUGCCUUUACCCUUAAAUCUGGUGUUUUAAAGAAAUGUAAGAGCUUGGUGUAAUUUUGCCAUGACUGUUUACUCUCUACUUUUGUUCAAGAUCUUUGUAAACCUGCUACGUGGUGAAGCUAUGCAUAAGAGGGCUAGCACAAUACAACAUGAUUGCCGUCCAUUUCCUCA